AUGUCCAGCUUGUUUGAUUCGUACGAGGAAGACUAUCAAAGAUGUAUAGGUCUUCUCACUGACACCAUGAGCGAACUCAAGAAUUCUAUCUCAAAGCAAAAAGCUCAUGAAAGCGAUCCAACCGUAAUAUACCAUCCACAGCCAUCCACUGGCACCAAAAGUCGUUCACACCAACUCCGAGAAGUGCUUCAGAUUCUAGCGCAUGUUAAAGAUUUGCUUACAAGCAUGAAUUAUGAGGUAAGCGACGUCAAGAAUCAAUACCAGCAUGUGAACAUCAAAGGCUUAAUUGCUAAUUAUCAGAAGCGUGUAGUCUCACUUGAGGAGGAGGCUUCGUGGCUUCGACAGGCCUGUGCAGAUGCGGAGAGAAAAGACUUGCUUUGGUUUGAAGGUUCCAACCCCCAUGCGGGUCUGUGGGAUAAGAUUGAUCCCGAGGCCAACUCACAACGACUGAUGUCUCUUCAGACAACAGGAACUCUGCACUCCGGCACCUCGACCUUGUUGAAGGCCGAGGCGUACCUGGAGCAGAGCAAAAUAUCGGGUUGUGCAUCACUAAACAUGCUGAGGGCGCAGACAGAACAAAUAGGAAACAUCGGAAACUUGGCAACGGAUGUCGAUGCGGAGAUAUUUGCAUCACGUCGAAUUAUCAACCAAAUGCAGAGUGUUGCCUUCCGGCGAAAGCUGUUUUUGAGUAUGGUUAUAGCUAUUUUGGUUCUCUUUUUGAUAUUAUCUGUGAUCUACCGUUAG